AUGAGGUUUUGGGACACGAGGGCUCCCGCUUCCACUGAACAAAGGAUUAUAAAGUUCUUCCACGAAGAAGGUACCGGUCAGCAGCCAGUUCCCCGAAGUAGUGAGAAGAUUUGCGGCGCUACACAGACUUAUCGCCCCACGUAG